AUGGAAUACAGCGUUCAGCUGACAUUUCGAGAACAAUGGCUUGAUGAAAGACUGAAAUUCAAUGACUUUGAAGGUCGUAUAAAGUACCUUACAUUAACCGAUGCUAACAGAGUUUGGAUGCCUGAUUUAUUUUUUUCAAAUGAAAAAGAAGGGCACUUUCAUAACAUCAUAAUGCCAAACGUUUACAUCCGUAUAUUUCCGCACGGUUCAGUGCUCUAUAGUAUUAGGAUUUCAUUAACUCUUUCUUGUCCAAUGAAUCUCAAGUUAUAUCCAUUAGACAGACAAGUUUGCUCACUUCGAAUGGCCAGUUACGGUUGGACGACAGCCGAUUUAGUUUUUCUUUGGAAAGUUGGCGAUCCCGUUCAAGUUGUUAAAAAUUUACAUUUACCUCGAUUCACUCUCGAAAAAUUUUUCACGGAUUAUUGCAAUAGUAAAACAAACACAGGGGAAUAUAGUUGUUUAAAAGUAGAUUUGCUAUUCAAAAGAGAAUUCUCAUACUAUCUCAUUCAAAUAUACAUACCUUGCUGCAUGUUGGUUAUCGUUUCCUGGGUAUCAUUUUGGCUAGAUCAGAGUGCGGUACCUGCGAGAGUUUCACUCGGAGUGACAACAUUACUCACAAUGGCGACGCAAACCUCUGGUAUAAAUGCAUCAUUGCCACCGGUAUCCUACACAAAAGCCAUCGACGUGUGGACCGGAGUUUGUUUGACGUUCGUAUUUGGAGCUUUGUUAGAAUUUGCUCUCGUUAAUUAUGCAUCGAGAUCGGACAUGCACCGUGAAAAUAUGAAAAAACAAAGGAGGCAAUGCGAAUUGGAACACGCGGCAUCACUCGAAGCCGCAGCUGAUUUAUUAGAAGAUGGUGCGACAACUUUUGCCAUGAAACCACUCGUCGGUCAUCGCGGUGACGCUCUCGCAAUUGAAAAAGCACGUCAAUGUGAAAUCCACAUGCAACCCAAAAGAGACGAUUGCUGUAGAACGUGGAUAUCGAAAUUUCCAACAAGAUCGAAACGUAUCGACGUCAUUUCACGCAUAACAUUCCCACUCGUUUUUGCUCUUUUUAACGUAGUCUAUUGGUCGACAUAUUUGUUCAGAGAAGAUACGGAAGAUAAUUAA